AUUAUAAAAGCCACCCAGAGAGAGAGCGAUCGGCAUCCAUCACUACACCACUCUCUCUCCGUUUCUCCAGAAGCGCCCAUUUCCCAUCCAUUUGCGUAACCGUAACUCCUUCCUCCCUUCCUUCCUUCCUUCCUUCAUCUCACCCUCCCUGUCUUUUCUCCCGCUUUCACCUUCGCCAGCAAAACUCUGAUCUCCAAAAUCUAUUGCAGGGGAGAAAACCACUAGAAAGCAAUGCCGUUCAAGGUCUCCACUGUUCAGUCUUCGCCUAUCGAUGGCCAGAAGCCCGGAACUUCUGGCCUCCGAAAGAAGGUGAAAGUUUUCAAGCAACCACAUUACUUGGAAAAUUUCGUUCAAUCAACAUUCAAUGCCCUCACGGCAGAGAAAGUGAGAGGUGCCACACUGGUUGUUUCUGGAGAUGGCCGUUACUAUUCUAAGGAUGCCGUUCAGAUAAUUGUCAAGAUGGCAGCUGCCAAUGGAGUGAGGCGUAUUUGGGUUGGUCAGAAUUCGUUGCUUUCAACACCUGCUGUCUCUGCUGUGAUUCGUGAAAGAGUUGGAGCAGAUGGAUCCAAGGCAACAGGUGCAUUUAUAUUGACAGCGAGUCACAAUCCAGGUGGCCCUGAUGAGGAUUUUGGGAUCAAAUAUAACAUGGAGAACGGUGGUCCAGCUCCAGAGGGAAUCACGGAUAAAAUUUAUGAGAACACCAAAGCGAUAAAGGAGUAUUUAACAUCUGAUGUUCCAGAUGUAGACAUUUCUUCAAUUGGUGUUACAAGCUUCUCAGGACCGGAGGGACAGUUUGAUGUGGAAGUUUUUGACUCCGCAAGUGAUUAUGUAAAAUUGAUGAAGACUAUCUUUGACUUUCAGUCAAUCAAGAAGCUGAUCACAUCUCCAAACUUCAGUUUUUGCUACGAUGCACUACAUGGAGUUGCUGGUGCUUAUGCGCAUCGCAUUUUUGUGGAGGAGCUUGGUGCACAGGAGUCUGCAUUGUUGAACUGUGUCCCUAAGGAAGACUUUGGAGGAGGCCAUCCUGAUCCUAACCUCACGUAUGCAAAGGAAUUAGUUGCAAGGAUGGGGCUGGGAAAAUCAAACACUGAUGUUGAACCACCAGAAUUUGGGGCUGCUGCAGAUGGUGAUGCAGAUCGCAACAUGAUCCUGGGUAAAAGGUUCUUUGUUACCCCAUCAGAUUCUGUGGCUAUAAUUGCUGCAAAUGCAGUUGAAUCCAUCCCCUACUUCUCUUCUGGCCUCAAGGGAGUUGCCAGGAGCAUGCCAACAUCAGCUGCCCUUGAUGUUGUGGCCAAAAGUCUGAACUUGAAAUUUUUUGAGGUCCCCACUGGCUGGAAGUUCUUUGGUAACUUGAUGGAUGCUGGUUUAUGUUCAGUGUGUGGUGAAGAAAGUUUCGGAACUGGCUCUGACCAUAUUCGUGAGAAAGAUGGUAUUUGGGCCGUCCUGGCUUGGCUAUCCAUAUUGGCUUACAAAAAUAAGGACAAUCUCAGUGGUGGAAAGCUUGUGACAGUAGAAGAUAUAGUUCGCAAGCACUGGGCUACUUAUGGUCGUCACUAUUAUACUCGUUAUGAUUAUGAGAAUGUCGAUGCAGGUGCAGCGAAAGAACUGAUGGAGAACUUGGUCAACCUUCAAUCCAAUCUCUCUGCAGUUAAUGAGACCGUGAAGGGGAUACGGUCAGAUGUCUCCAAGGUCGCCCACGCUGAUGAAUUUGAAUACAAAGAUCCCGUCGAUGGUUCCAUCUCUGCACACCAGGGUGUUCGAUAUCUGUUUGAGGAUGGCUCUCGACUGGUUUUCCGCCUCUCAGGAACAGGAUCAGUGGGUGCAACCAUCCGCCUCUACAUUGAACAGUAUGAGAAGGACCCAUCAAAGAUCGGGAGAGAUUCUCAAGAAGCACUUUCUCCUCUGGUGGAGGUAGCUUUAAAGCUCUCCAAGAUGGAAGCAUACACCGGCCGGUCUGCUCCCACUGUCAUCACAUAGAUUGCUUUGCUCCAUCGAACACCAGUUUCCAACUGUUGGAAUCUGAAGUCGUCCGUUCGACAGAAUUUGUAUUUGUUUUGGCUACUUUUGUCCCCUUGACAUGUUUUUGUUGAUGCCAAUAUCCUAAAUGCAGGCUGUAGUUGUUUCUACAUAUGUUAGGCGUGAUUAUGAGGCCAAAAACUCUACUUACCAUGUGAAAUUCCCUCCAAAGAAUGGCUUAUGAGCAGUUUGUUUUUUUUCCCCCCGGCUACAGUGAGCAGAGUCGGCAAGGUGGUGGUAUUUACGUGUGAAAAUAGUUUAUUAUUAAUCCCCACACUGGGUAAUGCAUAUCUAUCUGGGUAUAAGUCGUAAAAUUUGGAAUACACGAAGUUUUACAAACUA